UCCGCACGGGUCUCCGCAGCAUAAAAAGGGCUGGACUCGGUCUCUAAGCUGAUAUCUUCUUGAUUGUUUCUUGCUCAGGUUUGGAGAGAUAGAGCUCCGAACUCAAGAUGCUUCCCCCGUUUGACUAUUUCACGUAUCGCCAUGCUCGGAGCACCAAGAGACAGGAACGAGCUGCGCGGUUCGCUUCUCUGCCCGCUGAAUACCAUGCGGAUUUCUCCUCCUUUGAUAAAACCAUAAUCAAUAAGCCAGUAGAAGAGCUUGUACAAGAAAUUCAAGAUUCUUCGCUUGCUCCUACUGAUGUCCUCCGGACCUACGGCAAGGUGGCCGUGAAGGCGCAAGAGAAAAGCAACUGCAUUACGGAACUUCUGCUUCCUGAGGCGGAAAAGUGGGCUCAGUCUGAGGUUAACCUUAAGGGCCCGUUAGCCGGUAUUCCUAUUUCGUUGAAGGACUCCGUUCAGGUCAAAGGAUUUGAUAUCACACUUGGUUAUGCCCGCCUUGCCGGGAAACCAUAUGCGGAGGAUGGCCCGAUGGUCAAGCUUCUGAAAGAUGCGGGUGCCGUUCCCUAUGCGAAGACUGCCCUGCCGGUGACACUUCUUUCUUUCGAAUCGGCAAACGGCCUCUGGGGCACCUGUCUCAACCCCCAUGUUCCGGACUACUCUCCUGGUGGCUCUACCGGUGGAGAGGGUGCACUGCUUGCUCUAGGUGGUCGUAUCGGUAUCGGCUCUGACGUUGCGGGCUCCGUGCGUGUGCCCGCUGCUUGGAGUGGUAUCUAUUCCUUGCGAUGCAGCACUGGCCGCUGGCCUAAGACCGGAGUCAACACGAGUAUGGCAGGACAGGAGGGAAUUGCUAGCGUAUUCAGCCCCAUGGCUCGUACACUCAACGAUCUUACCUAUUUCACCCGCGCCAUCAUUAGCAUGAAACCCUGGAAAUACGACCAUACUGUUCAUCCCAUUUCGUGGCGCAACGAGGAGGAAGAUGAGGCGAAAAGUAAAAAGUUGAGGAUUGGAUUGAUGUCCACCGACGGUGUCAUCCCCCCAACCCCAGCCAUCCAGCGCGCCAUCGACACCACAGUUGCCGCACUGAGGGCAGCUGGUCAUGAUGUUUCGGAAAUCGCACCUCCCGCCGCGGCCGAUCCCUUUACUGGUCUUAACCUUGCCUCUCAACUGCUCAAUGCGGAUGGAUGCGACACCUUUAACUCUCACUUCUAUAGCUUUGAGCCCUCGGAUCCUGGUGCCGCCCAGCUGUCCUUGAUUUGCAACCUCCCCCGCCCCCUUAAGUACCUGUACUAUCUCUACGUGCGGUAUAUCCGACGGGACGCCAAAUGGGCCACUUUGAUUCGUAGCUUUGGCCAUAAAUCUAGUACGGACCAGUGGAAGCUGGUGGCGAAACGCGAGGCGUUCCGAUCGGCCUGGCAUGGCUGGUGGGAUGCGAAACCCCAGCAGUACGACUUUAUUCUGUGCCCCGUCAACGCUACCCCUGCGCUCCCCCACAAAGCGAUGAAGGAUGCGGUGUCGUCGUGUGGGUAUACUUUCCUCUGGAACCUGCUUGAUUACAGUGCGGGAGUGCUCCCUAUUUCGCACGUCGAUCCCAAUAAGGACUCGCUGGCGGCCCCUUAUCGGACGGUGCUGAAGCAGCUGGGGGCCAAUCACGCGCUCGCCCGGGGAGCGUGGAUGCACUACGAUGCCCGUAAGAUGGCGGGACUGCCGACAGCCGUGCAGGUGGUUGGACGGAGGUGGCAGGAGGAGAAGGUUCUUGGGUACAUGGCGGCUGUGGAACGUGCCCUGGAGGAGUAUGCAGACCCUGUGACGGGGGAGGGCGGCAAGUACGAUUUGAUUGAGCUGGAUUAAUUUUUUUUUUUUUUUAAUUUUCUAGGGAGUCAAUGUUGAAAUAAAGAACUAGUACGUAUCCAGGACGACACCUAUUACCUAGAGUAGUGUAGUAAACCCCGAUGAUAUAACUAAUCCAAGGAUAUAGAGUUCGAGUUUACCUUGUUGAAA